CCCCGUUAGAAAAGAAGUGAAAUUCGAAGUGUGCCUGCUACAUCGGGUUUCACGUUUCGACAACGCGUCCGUUUGCAACGUUCUGUGGAGGUUUUCCGCAUGGUGUCGAGUUGCUCCGCGUGUGAUUUCAGAAGCGUGCUGAAAAAUCUGGAGGAGGGAUUUUGUAUUUCCGGAAUUUCUCCCGAAGAGCUCCCGCUGGUGUAUGUGGCCCGUGGAGAUCAUUGCUUACCCGGAGAUCCGGGUAAGUCUUGAUGCCUUGAAGACGACUCCGCUGAAAACAUCAAAUGCCCACGCCGUUAAAAAGCUACCUCCUUCGAUGUCCAGUCAAGCCCGACUGAAGAAUGGAUCUCUUAAUCGAGGUACGAAAGGCAAAAAAUGCGUUGGUAAGUCGAGGAAAUCCGUGCCUUUCUCGGAACGCAAACGUCGGUCGGCUGUCUCUAAGACUGAUCAAGUGGAGCCCGAAAACCCGACGGAGGUUGUGAACAAACGUCCUGAACCUAUUAAAAAGAAGGCUGCAGUAUUGCUCCACACUUUGAGCCAUAUUUCUGGCUCUUCCCGAGACACAUUCCAAUGCGAAUUGGAUCCAAUCAUUCCCGUAACUGAAUCCUGCUCGCCGAAGUUCGACAUCAAUGCUCCUUCAUGGUUGAAAGAUGAUUUAUCCAUUAGUGCUUGCCAGUCGGCGAUCAAGGACGCGAUUUUUUCAUUACCCGAAGCGAUCAGUGAUGCGGAGGUGAUAGUUUCCUCGUUUUACAGCAAUGUGAGCGAAAUAAUUUGCGAGGAAAUUCCUGUGACUUCGCCGUUGUGUUCUCCUGCUGAACAAACCAGACGCCGUGGCCAAACAAAAACUCUGCGGAAGCGUGGCAAACUUCCUGCCCUAGAGGAAACGGAAUUAGAUGCUCGUAUACAAGAAAUUGAAUCACGAGGAAUUAGUGUGGAUCGAAAGCUGGUGAAGAGGCCCGAGCCGACGCGUCCAAAAACCAGUUGGGAUUUCGUUCUGGAAGAAAUGCUGUGGAUUUCCAACGAGAUCUCAUCGGAGCGCAAAUGGAAGAUUUCUACAGCGAAGAAGGUGGCAAAGGCAAUCCAGCGCCAGUUUCAACAAAAGGAUGUUUUGAAGCUGAAGGCGAUCCGAGACGAAGAAAACAAGCGGAAACGAGCUGCUGCGGCAUUGGCGAGGAUUAUGCGGGACUUCUGGACCAAUAUGGGCAAACUUGUGGAGCAUCGUACCAAAGUGAUAGUCGAGGGGAAGCGAAGGCGAGCAUUAGAUUGGCAUUUGAACUACGUCGUGGACCAGACGGAAAAAUUGUCUUCAAUGAUGGCUGAGAGCUUGACCACCGAUAGUCCUCGUUUACCUCUGUUGGUUGGGGGCGCCAGUGAGGAAUUGGAGGCUCGAAUCGACCGAGAUGAGAAUGUCGAGGACAGCGUGAAUAAUCAGGAGUCGACGUUGUGCAUGAAGCCCGAAAAAGCUGCAACCCGGGAGGAGAGGGACAUUUAUUCUGAAGUCAAGGCCAGAACCCCGUCACCAUUUUUGCUGAAGCACACGUUGCGUGAAUACCAGCACAUAGGAUUAGAUUGGCUAGUGACGCUGUACGAACGAAACCUGAACGGGAUUUUAGCGGACGAAAUGGGCCUGGGCAAGACGAUACAGACGAUCGCGUUGCUGGCCCAUCUGGCCUGCGUCGAGGGCAAUUGGGGCCCGCACCUCAUCGUCGUGCCAACCAGCGUCUUGCUCAAUUGGGAACAGGAAAUGCUCAAGUGGUUGCCGGGUCUCAAGCUCUUGACCUACUACGGAACUCAGAAAGAACGGAAGCAGAAACGGGCCGGCUGGACCAAACGCGACGCCUUUCACGUCUGCAUCACGUCCUACCAGUUGAUUUUGCAAGACCACGUCGUGUUUCGUCGCAAAAAGUGGCGCUAUUUGAUCCUCGACGAGGCGCAUAACAUCAAGAACUUCAAGAGUCAACGUUGGCAAGUCCUGUUGCACUUUCACAGUGAACGCCGAUUGCUGCUGACCGGCACGCCGUUGCAGAAUAAUUUGCUCGAGCUCUGGAGUCUCAUGCAUUUUCUCAUGCCGCAAGUGUUUCAGAGUCACUCUGAGUUUCGUGAAUGGUUUAGUGACCCGGUGUCGGGCAUGAUUGACGGGUCGCAGCGGUACAAUGCGAGUGUCAUCCGACGUCUGCACAAGGUGUUGCGACCGUUUUUACUGCGUCGACUCAAGUCCGAGGUGGAGAAGCAACUGCCGCGGAAGCACGAGCACGUCGUCAUGUGUCGUCUGUCGAAGCGACAACAGUUUCUCUACGAGGAUUACAUGUCGCGUUCCAAAACGAGGGACACGUUGGACAAGGGAAAUUUGUUGUCCGUCAUCAACGUGCUGAUGCAGCUGCGGAAAGUGUGCAAUCAUCCGAAUCUUUUCGAGGAACGACCGGUUGUGUCACCGCUGCUCUGUGAUCCAUUAUUUAUUUCUAUGCCGAGUCUCAUCACGGACGACCUGCUGGCCCAGUCGGCGAAAAAUGGGUUGUACUUGCCGGGAUUGGGGAUCGAGUCAUUGGUGGAUAGUCGUCACUACUCGUCGUGGGAUGCCACAGCAACGACCAAGGUGAUGCCUAGUUCUUUAGAGUCUUUGCUCAAGAAAAGACGUCCAGUGUUGAGGCCAACGCAGAAUCAUAGCGGGACCAGACUCCGACUGCGAUUUGGCAAAUCGAUGGACUUUGGCGAAGUGAUGAAGCCUUGUAAAGUCGAUUCUUCACUGGUGGAAGAUGAGCAGGUGAUGGCCGCAACACCUGGCCAGAUGCAGGCCAAGCAGCGAGGUGAGUUUCGUGAGAGAGUUAGUGCAUCCGAGGAUUACCUGAAUGUGCAAUUUUGUCCUUUGUUUCGUCAAGGAAAACAGAAGCAGUCCAGUGAAGCAAAGGAACUUUACCCGAAAAGCGAUUUGGAAAUGAGGAAUGGGGCUCUGUUUUUGGGCGACGAGAAAGUUCUACCAACAUUUUGGCAGAGAAGAAACGUUUUGCCUGAUUCUGAAGCCGUGUGUAUUGCUGUGGUUCCGUUGCCGUUUCCUUCUGGCCCCAUCAAGCGAUACGAAGUGAAGCAAGAGACGCAAGCGUGUGGCCCACAAAUGAAGUGCCUUCAAUCAGUGACAGAAUUGCCGACUGUGAUAUCACCCAAACGCCGCGCGGGGCUCGGAAACCAGCCAACAAAGAGCUUCGUCGUGAACAAUUGGGUCUGGAAAGCCGUCAACAGAGAGAGGUCGGUGUUCCAGUGCAUCAAGAAAGCCGAUUGUCAGGACCUUGUGACGAGGCCGGAAAAACCGAAAUCCGGCAACAGUGAGAAGCCUGAGGACGAAGAAAGACUGCUGAAAUUACCUGCAACAGUCUCAGCUGGUUUGGACAACGGUGACAAGCCUGCCAACGGCGGGAAACCCAAGUAUCCAGAAGUGUUGGAAGAGACUGAGUUGGACAAGCUGAACUCGGAUUGGUAUCCUAAUCAGAGACUAGCUCGUCGUGCCAAGAUACUUGCCAACAAGGCCAAUACUUCACAAUCCAAGCGGAAGUUACCGGCAGCUGCGAAGAAAGGCAGGGUCGGUGUGCCUACUAGGCCGGCAGUGAAGCUGGCCCGAAAAAGGAAGACCGUGUCGUCUAAUACUCAAAGCACGAAAUUCGCCAUUAAUAACAGCAAGCCUGUCCCACUGUUUCGUCUCCCCGAAUGCUAUGUUCGUCGAAUUGGCAAAGAAUACUGGACGUGGAUGCGGAGUGUGACGAAUUACGAACGAUUGCGGUACAUGCAGCCGAUGAUGUUUGCGUGGGACACGCUGCUGGCCUGCAAUGUGGCCCAGUGUCCGGCUAAGCGGGCCUUCUUGACUCGACUUUAUCAGGGCGUCAAUGUGUUCAUUGAUGCCAAUUAUGAAUUAAAUCGUGCAAGAAGUCAAAUGCUGGAGGUCCCAGUGAGCGGAUUGAGGCCUGGGUACGUUGGCGGGCUCGAGGCGUGUUAUUGGGCCAUGCGCUGUGGGCAGAGUCAGUUGGCGGGUCUGUGCAAAUCUCCGGUGCAAGUCCAACGCGACAUGCAAGAGAUGCUCGCCAAAUUCAGUAUAUACGUGCCACCUGUGAUACCCGUGGCACCUGUGUCACUGCAGUUGAGUCAUCCCGGGUGUCGGAGGCGCUUGAAGGACUCUGCAUUUUUGCAUCGUCUGCGUUGCGUGUUGACGGGCCAACCCGGGUUCCGGAGUCAGUUGGCGGGUCUGUGCAAAUCUCCGGUGCGAGUCCAACGCGACAUGCAAGAGAUGCUCGCCAAAUUCAGGCCCACAGCCUCCGCGAACUUCCUGAGACGUAAAAACGUAGCAGACGCAACGCACAACUGCCCGGUUGGGCCCAAGGCCCAAGCACCUUCACUCUUGUUCCCGGAACUGCGACUGAUUGAGUACGAUUGCGGGAAACUCCAGGCGUUGGCGCAACUGUUGCGGAAACUGAAGCAAGACAAGCAUCGUGUGCUCAUCUUCACACAGAUGUCGCGCGUGCUGGACGUCUUGGAAGCGUUUCUCAACUUUCAUGGCUACCGGUAUUUGCGGUUAGAUGGCGCCACGAAGGUGGAUGAUCGGCAGACUAUGAUGCAAGAAUUCAAUGAGAACCCGAGCAUAUUCUGCUUCAUAUUGUCAACGCGGUCUGGUGGGAUCGGUGUGAACCUGACGGGUGCGGAUACAGUCAUUUUCUAUGACAGUGACUGGAACCCAACGAUGGACGCGCAGGCACAAGACCGAUGUCAUCGGAUUGGACAAACGCGUGAUGUUCACAUCUAUAGUGACUGGAACCCAACGAUGGACGCGCAGGCACAAGACCGAUGUCAUCGGAUUGGACAAACGCGUGAUGUUCACAUCUAUAGGCUAAUUAGUGAACGAACUGUGGAAGAGAACAUUCUGAGGAAGGCCAACCAGAAACGACUGAUGGUGGAUUUGGCGAUUGAGAAUGGCAACUUCACAACGGCACAUUUCAAAAUGAACACAAUUCAUGACUUGUUCAGCGUGCGGGGCGUGGAAGAAUCGGUGAGCGAGGCGUUGUUGGGUGGUCCUGAGAUGCCUGUGAAAGAUGCUGAUCGAAAUGCGCUGGAAGCUGCGCUGCUGUCUGCCGAAGACUAUGUAGAUGCCCAGGCAGCCACGUGUGCUUACAAGGAAGUGGAGCUGGACCUGACCCUGGACCAUGAUCCGGACGUGGAAGUGGAGCAUGUGUGUUGCUUGAACUUUGUAGGGAAACUCCAGGCGUUGGCGCAACUGUUGCGGAAACUGAAGCAAGACAAGCAUCGUGUGCUCAUCUUCACACAGAUGUCGCGCGUGCUGGACGUGUUGGAGGCGUUUCUCAACUUUCAUGGCUACCGGUAUUUGCGGUUAGAUGGCGCCACGAAGGUGGAUGAUCGGCAGACUAUGAUGCAAGAAUUCAAUGAGAACCCGAGCAUAUUCUGCUUCAUCUUGUCAACGCGGUCUGGUGGGAUCGGUGUGAACCUGACGGGUGCGGAUACAGUCAUUUUCUAUGACAGUGACUGGAACCCAACGAUGGACGCGCAGGCACAAGACCGAUGUCAUCGGAUUGGACAAACGCGUGAUGUUCACAUCUAUAGGCUAAUUAGUGAACGAACUGUGGAAGAGAACAUUCUGAGGAAGGCCAACCAGAAACGACUGAUGGUGGAUUUGGCGAUUGAGAAUGGCAACUUCACAACGGCACAUUUCAAAAUGAACACAAUUCAUGACUUGUUCAGCGUGCGGGGCGUGGAAGAAUCGGUGAGCGAGGCGUUGUUGGGUGGUCCUGAGAUGCCUGUGAAAGAUGCUGAUCGAAAUGCGCUGGAAGCUGCGCUGCUGUCUGCCGAAGACUAUGUAGAUGCCCAGGCAGCCACGUGUGCUUACAAGGAAGUGGAGCUGGACCUGACCCUGGACCAUGAUCCGGACGUGGAAGUGGAGCAUGUGUCCCGGCAAGAGUUGACGCCUGUGGAAACCUACGCUUUGAAAUGCGUCGAAAAGGACAUGUCGCAGUGGACGGAAGAGCAGAUACUCUGUGCGGAGCAAGAAAUCGAGAAGCAAAAGAAGGAAUGGGAGCAAAACCACCUGAAUGCCUUGCACAGAUCCAUGCCCGAGAAACUUGCCAAGCCAGUGUCGAGUGCGAAGGUGCGAAGCGCGGCUGAAACCCCCGUUUCUCAAGUGUCGACAUCGUCACCUUUUUCGAAAAAGACGGAGAAACCCUCGCGGUUCAGCUCGAGGAACAAGGCGUGUGAGAAACCCGAAGCAAAGCCUUGUUCGUACCUUCCCGGCAUGGAGCCCUUCGAUCCCACGGAGGAGGAGGAGGAGGAACAACCCCGAACCACCAAAAGGAGAACCCGAGACGACGACGACUCCUCGUUGUCGAACAAGAAUAAGCCCAACAGGAAGCGGUUGUUGUCCUCGUCUCUCCUCAUUUCACCUACCAAGAGAAGAAAGAAGCUAGAACCGCGUUCCGACGCGUUGAAAUCGAAAAAUAAGUCUGGGAAACGACGGAAAAGCGAGCCCGUGUCUGUGGGCCAAGAUAAAUUCGUGAUGUGCAAGGCGCCGCCGCCUGUGAUCGUGGUUGGUGGUGGCGGCGGCGGCGGCGGUCGAGGAUCCGUGUCCUCGUCGUCGUGUUCCAGUUCUUCUUCCUCAUCGUCCUCCUCUUUGUCUCGUUCGCCCAAGACGAAGGCGUCGUCUGCAGCUGCUCAGCGACAGCGAUCGAACAAGAGUGCCAUCAAUGCGUGCACGGCGCGGACGCGAUCGGGCGGCGGUGUGGCCAUUAAUCUCUGGACACUGGACGUGGAUCCGGUUCUUCCUGGCAUUCGACCCGUCGCCAAGAUGAAUACUUCAGCGACGGAUGUGCAAGCAGCCGACAAGAGCCAUUGCUGUGAAGGAGAGAAUGACAGGGACUGUUUGCCACUCAGCAUCAGCAAGAAGGAUUACUUCUAUGGGAAACAUUAUGUGAACUGCUUGGAGUUCAAGAGGUCUUGCCCAGUCAUUUUGGAGGGCUGUAGAAUGGGCAGGAGAGAGCAAACCAAUGCUGUUACUCCAGUGUUGGACUUGAGCCUUUCCUAUGGCUCCAGUUAUGCAGAGGAGAAUGCCUUGAGGAACUAUGCAAGAGAUACUUGCCACUUGCCUGAAUACACUGACAAAUGCUCUGCUUGUGAGCCAUUCUGCUAUGGACCCAACUGUUUGCCAUUUGGUGCUCCACCACACUGCUUCAGCUCUGGUGACAAUCUCAGGAUGAUGCAAGAACCUUCACUGUUUGCUUUCCAAGUGGUUAAAUCCAAAGCACACAACAGAUUGGCUACUGAUCUGCGCUACAUGAAUCCACACUGGAAUUGUGAAAAGGUUUUCCAGGAGGCCAAGAAAAUCCUUAUUGGACUUUACAAUCAUAUAAUCAUCAGUGAAUACUUGCCUGCUUUGCUGGCUCCUUCCACUUUGGACAAAUAUGGACUCAGACCAGCCAGACUUUACAGAUAUGACUAUGACCCAUAUGUGAACCCAGGAGUCUGGAAUCCAUUUGGACAAGCAGCUUUCAGGUUUGGUCACUCCAAGGUUCCUGAUUACACUCUUCUGUUGGACUAUGACUUCAAAGUCCUUGAGAAGGACCCAUACUGGCACUGGUUCGAACGUCCAGAAAGACUUAUUGGAGCAGAGACAGUAAAUUGGAUUGUCCUUGGUGCUUCUCAGCAGCCAUCUUUGAGAACUGAUGAAUGGGUCUCCACUCAGGUGAGUCAGUUAAUGUUCAAUAUGCCAUAAGUAUUUAUUUAUUUAUUUGUUUAUUUUAAAAUGCACCAAAAUUCA